CUCAUAGGGGAGAGAGAAGCGCUCUUAUUCCGGGAAAUUUGAAGGAAGGAGGGCCUGAUUUUGGAACAUUUAUUUCAAUUUAUACCUCAUUUGCCUUGUAUACAUCAUGCAUUUUAGAACAGUCAGUUUGGAAUGAUUCAAAGCAAUGUGUUUGCCUCUUUCGGGGACGGAUUGUGUGGCGUUAGCCCCAUUCUUUUGGAUAAUUUCUCUUCCAGUUUUCGGGUCGUUUCGUGGGCCAGAAGCUGUGCUUCGAUUUUCGCUGCUUCUCAUCAUUAACAAUGUCAUUUGCGGCGCAAUUCUGCCAGAGAUGUUGGUGCCAAUUAUGCCAUUUCUCAAGUCUGCCUUGUUUUUUUUGCUGAUCUCUCUUCCAAUAAACUUGGUGCCAUUUGUUGUGGUGUGGGUGUACGACAAGCUCAUAUGGCUGUCUGAGCCAGCACUACUCACUCUAGAGGCAGUGCAAAUUGUCAGAGUUACCACCAACCUUAGUCAACGACUUGUUCAAGGUAUUCAAGACCAGCCAUUUCUGAUGAAGUCUGCUAUUCUUGUUGGUAGUGGAUUUUGCUAUUUACUAUCGAUACAUAUAAUUAUUUUUCUGUUUUCAUCUGGGUCAACUACACAGAAAUGGCUCAUCGGUGUAUUGAUUAUAAUUGCUGUUGUUAUUCUGGUUGCUACAUUAUUAACAGAAGAAGGUGUGAUAACUGAUGCAGCAGUCAUUACAUUAGCUAUGUGCCUUGCUAUGUGGGUUAUGCGUCAGGAGAUGUACUUAGUAAAGUACCCGGUAACAGAACCAAAUCAAUGGUACAGGACGGCCACAGAAGAAGCUUCCUUCAUACAAGUGCUCUACACAAUUUUAACGCAACAAAUUAAUAAGGCUACACAAGCAGUACAGUUUUUACGAAAUAUGUUCAGUGCUUCAUUUUUAUUGUUGAUUGUUCUGCGAGUAAGCAGUGUCCUAAGCACGGUGUGGUAUAUGUCAAAAAGAAAUGCUCAGGAUGUUUACCUUAAUGAAGAUUCUUCACGUUUUUUCAAGUGGAAUGCACCAACGGCACUUAAGCUCGCUUUUAUUUUCGUCUACACGCAGCUUGUUGUCUACAACGUGAAAAGGUCGACAGGUUUUAUUGGCUACAGUCGCCGAUAUAUUGACGUGUUCACCAAAGAUGUAUUCCAUGAGGUGGGCUUUUGUCGGUUAUUACAGCUUGGCGUUCUCUCGUUAACCUACUUGUGGCGUCUGUAUCAGGCCGAUCAUUUGAAUUAUGAUUAUUAUUAAGAAGUUCAUAAUUAUUAUUUUGAAAAUAUUUGAUUUCAAUAUAUAUUUUUCUAAUUUUUAUCAUUUUUUCUUUAGCGUACAAAUUAUAUGCUAAUGUGGAAAGGGUUGUAGUGUAAGUUGGCUUCACGGCAGAUAGAAAACCUUGUUAAAUUAUCACUCUAGCCUACAUCAUCAUUUGAUUAUAAUGUUGACAAAGAAAUGCUUACAAUACGAUUUUGCUACCUUAUGAUUGGUUGAAAACAACAUCCAUAAAAAGGAAGUGGCUAUUGCUACACCAGUCAAUUACUAAUUCUUAUUGAAUGUUGCUUCGCUAAUCCAAUUCAUACAUACAAUAACAUCCAAUCAGAUUAGAAAUUGGUUGAAGACUGGUGUAACAAUAGCUACUUAAAAAAAAACAUGGAUGAACUUUAAUUACUUUAUUUUUUUAAUAAUCCAACUGUACAUAUAUUCUAUAUAUAAAUACUGUAUACAAGAAAAAAAUGAUAAGACUGUUCAUUAUAAAUUCCCUUCAAGGAUUUCAAAAUAUGUAGUAAUCAAGGGUUCCAGCCAUCUCAAAUCGAGAUCCAUCACAUAAAUUUGUUAGCUAUUCCAUUACACAGCAUACAUUGGUUACACCAAGAAUUUACACACAUAGAAAUAUGCAACCAAAAAUUUAAUUUAAUAAAUUUGUAUAAGACUACAUAUGUAGAGAUAUUUCUUUCAUGUAAUACUCAUUAUUCUGAAAAGUCUUAACUCAUAUAGGUACAAAAAGUGUAAAAGUAUAUCAUACUAUACGCUCAUUUGCAUUAAACAGUUAAUAUUAGUUUAUAUGAAUUGUUAUUCAUUAAAAAUAAUAUCAAUAUUUUGGCAGAUUAUUAUCUUGCAUACUGCCUUUAUGCAUGCUACACAAAUGUUUAAAAAAUAUCAGAUUUAAUAGUCAUGAAAUGGCAGUUUAUAAAAUAGAAUGAUUUGUUAAAAUGAGAUAAUGUAAGUGAUUUCUGCAGUGCUUUAUAACUUCUGUAAAUAUUUUUUGUUAAAGAAAAAAAGAUUUAUUAUAUAAACAAAAUAUAUGGAACUCCAGUACUGAUGGCAUCACCUCAAAUAUCAUUUCAAAUUGCUCCUCAUUCUUGUCGUUAUUUUAAUAACGAAGGUUAAUUGAAUAAUGAUGAUGAUUGUGAAGUACUUCAGGCACAAACCUCAGUCUUGUAAAGGCAUUUACAUCUUUCAUCUGUUGUUGCCAUGACAUUGGUUGCUAUGGAAUGUUAUUAUAGUUAAUAAAGCUGAAUGCCUAUUUGCUAAUUGGAACUGACAACUGACCAAUCAUUCUGUUGAUAAUGAAGUAAAGUAGAGCUUUUUCCAGCCAACACUUUACUGUAUAACUAAGAUUGUUUAUAUUUGUAUAUUGGUAUUAAAACUUGUAAAUUAUUAUAAUUUCAAAUAAUUAUUUAUUUUUAUUAAAUUGACAUUCAGUGUUACAGACAGGGUAUUUAUAAAGGUAUAGGUUUAAUUAUGUAAGAAAAUCUGUAGAAUGGUAAAGAUGCUUUUUCCAAUCCCAUGGUCCUCGGUUCAGUUCCCUUGUGACACCAUUUCCUUUUCUCAUGACUCAAAACUACUCCACUAGUACUACUACUACUACUCAUUAUGAUGCUUGCUUUGUAGACCACCAUUGCUUGUUGUUAUACGAUACAAUAUAUGUGACCGGGCUCAGGCAAAACCCACCGCUUGUCGCAAUUUAUAAUUUCCCACAAGCACCCAAAACGUCUGAGAAUCAGCAUUUUGACCAUUUUCAGAUUUUUGCAUUUUAUAAAAGAAGGGAUAUCAAAGAACAUUUCUGUAAAACACUUAAUUUCACUGAAAAGUAAAUUAACAUUAUUUUUAAAAUACAAAUCUUAAUAAUA